AUGCUGGACCCCAAGGACAGUGGGGUGACUAUGAUGUCCAGUCAUAAGAUUUCCUUUUCUAUAAUUGAUAUAUUGGAUCCGAACAAAUUCAACAGCAAAAGGGAAAGCGAACUUUCAAUCGUCAAGGAAAAGUUCCCUGUGCCUCAUGAAGAGGGAACAAGUUUGGACUCGGACAGCACUGCAGCCGAAAACUUCAGAGUUGAGCGCACGAAAGCAGGGGAAGAGACAGGAGAUGAACACUCUGCAGCCUCCAGGCAUCCUGCGGUUGUUGCUGACCCCCUUUUGCUCUCCCCACCGGCUGAAACAGAGCCCUAUCUCACCGGGGAGCAGGAUGAGGGAGAGUCAACUGCCACCCUGCAGGACCCCUCACAGCACAAGCGGCGGCGUCUGGACCAGGCCUGUGCCAAACCACGGCGUGCCAGAACAGCGUUCACGUACGAGCAACUGGUGGCUCUGGAAAACAAGUUCCGCACGACCCGGUACUUGUCUGUGUGCGAGAGACUAAACCUGGCUCUGUCCUUGAGUCUGACCGAAACCCAGGUGAAAAUCUGGUUCCAGAACAGAAGGACCAAAUGGAAAAAGCAGAACCCUGGGGCGGACAGCACCUUGCAGCCCGGAUCAAACUCCCUGGUCAACGUCAGUCCAAACCCGCCUACCUGUGGGGCAAGCCCCGCCAGUUUCCACCAAACUUUCCCCAACUUCAGCUCUGGGAAUGUGAUCUUCCACACUGCCGGUGGUGUUCCGCUUUCAUCCACUGGGGGGCUCUUGCAUCCCUUCAUGUCCAGUGGUUUCGUCCAGCCGACUUAUUUUAAUCCACAUUUAUGAGAGAAACCAAUACUGACAUAUUGCAGCCGG